CCCAUCUUUAUCCACAUGUCCAGGUGGAAUUUAAUGUUCCGAUGUUGGGCCCAAGAACCUGACCAAAGACCCACUUUCUAUAACAUUCACGACCAGCUUCAGUUAUUCAGAAAUGUUUCCUUAAACAAUGUUUCUCACUGUGGACAAGCAGCUCGUGCUGGUGGAGUCAUCAACAAAGGCUUUGAAGGUGAAGACAAUGAAAUGGCCACUUUGAAUUCAGAUGACACGAUGCCGAUUGCCUUGAUGGAAACCAGGAACCAAGAAGGAUUAAAUUAUAUGGUACUUGCCACAAAGUGUAGCCAAAGUGAGGAUCGUUAUGAGGGUCCUCUAGGCCCUAAGGAAUCUGGGUUGCGUGAUCUGAAGAAAGACCAGAGGCAACCAGCAGACAGAGAUUUCUGCCGGCAACCACAGGUGGCUUACGGCUCUCCCGGCCACUCUGAAGGCCUGAACUAUGCCUGUCUUGCUCACAGUGGACAUGGAGAUGUGUCUGAAUAAUAGUGUCUCCUAGGAGACACAGCACUGAGAUGAACACCGCGUUAAGUGAAAAAGAAGAAAGGUGGGGUGGCAGUCUAGACUCUGAACUGACACAGCCCAGUCCCAAAGUUCUGAUCUUGGUUCCAAGAGCCAUUUUGUUUCAUUCAGCAUUCUCUUUACCAGGGACCUAACCUUCAGUGGAUUAUCAGAGGAACCUUUGUGUGUGCGGAAAUCCCGGGACAAAUCCUAAGUCUGGGAGAAAACAUCACUGUCUCUCUCCUCUGAAGCCCUUUACUUCAGAGCAUUGCCUGCCCUGGCAAUCUUUGCCGAAUGGGUAGCGACAGGACUAGGUUCAUGCAAGGAUGUGAGUGGGGGUGGGGCGGGAGUCUGCUGAGGACCACCUGAACUACAGAUUACCUUAAGAGGAUGCAGGAAACAAUUACUCACACAGGAGGAAGCAGCCUGUGGACCAUGAGGAAUCAUCUGGCACGCUAUUAUUCCAAUAAAAUAUUCCCUUUAAUCAUCA